AUGGACACCGGCUCGCAACUACGUCGCAACUUGCGUGUGAAGACCAGCCCGCCUAGUAGUCCUGUUUGUACGCCUGUCAUAAAGUACGAACCGGCGCCAUCUAUCGACGACAACGAAGAUGAAUUAUCAGGCGUGGCCAGCCUUGGGAUAGGAAGUCAAAGUGGCACGAUUUCCGUUGGUAUUACGGGUGACAGCACAGCUAUUCUCCCAGUCGAAGGCGCGGAUGAUGAGCAGCCGUGUGAUCUUCGCUUGAGCUCUUUUCGGAUGAAUCUUGUGUCAAUGGCGCUGCAACAGGCGGCAGCAGCCGUAAUAAGCGGUGGAUCAGUCACGAGCCCUUCAGGUAUUCAACAAGCUGCGUUGCAAACAAUGGCUGCCGCACCCCCAACCCACCUCCCGUCCCUGAUUAAUUUUCCGCAUCCGCAUACACCCCAUACACACGCCCAGUUACCAAGUCAAGCUUCGGCGCAACCGCGCUCGAUUACACCAACCCGUCGUUACAGCACCAGCACCAGCACAGCUACAAGCGGAGGUCCUGCUGCUGGAGUUGGACCCGAAGUAGUGCCUUCAAAUAGGGUAGCAUCACCACUAGGUGGGGCUAUUAGCGUUGGGCCGCUUACGGCCGCUUCUAAUUCAUCUGCUACCUCAGGACCGUCUACCUCGGCAGCAGCAGCGGCUGCCAGCUCAGCACUUUUGACCGGUGCCAAUAGUAGUGACGAGGUGGCAGCAGGCAGAGGGGGCGCCAUUAGCAAUAGUGGCAGCAGUCAUAUCGCUGUCAUUGCUCCAGGAUCUGGGGGCUCUUUCGGUGGCGCAUAUACGUGUGAACGCUGUGGUAAUUCUUAUGCCCGACCGCAUAGCUUAAAUCGGCAUAUGCGCUUCGAAUGCGGUGUUGAGCCGAAGUUUGAGUGCCCGAUUUGCCACAAGAAGUCAAAACAUAAACAUAACCUCGUUUUGCACAUGCGCACACACCAACAUCGAUGA